AUGAAGGACUUCCCUUCUUGCUUCGGAGAGAGUGGAGUUCAGGUAGCUGAUUCCUCUUCCUCUUCGGCUUCGGCUUCGGCUUCUGGUUCUUCUUCCUCUUCCAACCCUGGUAAAGCUGCUCAGAACUUGGUCACUUGCGUCUACCAGUGUAAAUUGCGUGGUGCCAGCCGCCGCUCUUCUUGUUUCGUCACCGUGGCUUGGUCCAGGAAUCUCAUGGGUCAAGGUCUGGGCGUCACCAUUGACGAUUCGUUCAACCACCCUCUCUGCAGAGUCGAUAUAAAGCCCUGGUUGUUCUCCAAGAGGAAAGGCUGCAAGAAUCUCGAGGUCGAUUCGGACAAAAUCGAUAUUUAUUGGGAUCUCUCCUCUGCCAAAUUCGGUUCUGGUCCUGAACCCUUGGAAGGUUUCUACUUAGCUGUGGGAUUCAACCAGGAAAUGGUGUUGCUUCUUGGAGAUUUGAAGAAGGAAGCCUGCAAGAAAUUCGACGGAGAAGGAGCUCUUCUUCACUCCAAUGCCAUCUUCAUUGCCAAGAAGGAGCACAUUUUUGGGAGGAAGUUUUAUGGUGCGAAAGCUCAGUUCUGCGGCGAGGGGCAAUUACAUGAUGUUGCUAUCGAGUGUGACACUGUGGAUCUGCUUAAGGACCCUUGUCUUGUUAUUAGGGUAGACAGUAAAGUGGUGAUGCAGAUCAAGAGAUUGAAGUGGAAAUUUCGUGGAAAUGGGACGAUACUAGUUGAUGGUCUCCCUGUUGAGGUGUUUUGGGAUGUUCAUGACUGGUUGUUUGGUAGUGCAGCGGGUAAUGCAGUGUUCAUGUUCCAAAGUUGCAUCUCUGCUGAGAAACUGUGGAAUGGACAGCUGAUCUUCGAUCCGUCUGCUUUGACUAUGUCUGACUCACAGAGAUUUAGGGAUUACCAAUCACAAGGUCUUGGUUUCUCGCUUGUUUUGUAUGCUUGGAGGAAUGAUUGA